AUGGCUAGGUUUUUAAAUGGUUUCAAUAAGGAAAUAACUGAUGAAGUAGAAUUAAAACAAUAUGUAACAAUAGAUGAGCUAGUUGAUUUGUUUGUAAAGCUAGAAAAGAAAAAUAAAAGAAAGCAAACUAGCUCGUGGAAAGGUCGGUCAAACACCAUCUCCAAGAAGCCAUGGCCGAAUCAGGAGAUGCAGAGUUCUUCUAGACCUCAAGAAGACAAGGGUAAAGGAAAAUUUGAGAACAAAGAGGGAGGUAAAACUUUUAACCCUAAACCUUCUACACCUUCUAGUUCUAUUCAAUGUCAUAAAUGUAAAGGAAGGGGACAUAUGAUACAUGAAUGUCCAAGUAGAAGAAACAUCAUUCUUAGAGAAGAUGGGGGAUAUGAGAGUGAAAAAAGUGAGGGAGAAGAAGAAAAGGGAGAUGUAAGUGAUGAAGACGAUGUAGAACUGUCUCAUACUAGUAUGAUUGGGGUGGCUAGGAAGAUUAUGAGUGGAGAAUACGAGAGUAAUAAAUGUGAGAAAGAGGAGAGAGGUGUGAGUAAAGAUGAAGAUGGAGUAGAACUACCUUUUAAUGAUGGCAUUGGGGUAGUUAGGAGGAUUAUGACUAUCUAUUUGGGAAGCAAUAGUGAAGAACAAAGGAAGAAUAUAUUUCAUACUAGGUGUGGGAUAAAAGGGAAAACGUGUUCUGUGAUCAUUGAUAGUGGUAAUUGUGCUAAUGUGGUGAGUUCAUACUUUAUGGAAAAACUAGGACUUGCAUGCAUGAAACACCCUACUCCCUAUAGACUCCAAUGGUUAAAUGAUAGUGGUGAACUAAAGGUAAACAAACAAUGUAUGAUUUCAUUCAAUGUUGGUAGAUAUGAGGAUGAUAUUCUUUGUGACAUAAUCCCUAUGCAAGCUUGUCAUAUAUUACUGGGUCGUCCUUGGCAGUAUGAUAGGAAUGUUGUUCAUGAUGGAAGGAAGAAUAGAUAUUCUCUUGAGCUUAAUGGCAGGAAAUUUACUCUUGCACCUUUAUCUCCUUCUCAAGUGUUUGAAUAUCAGAAGAGAUUAAGGGAAACAAUGGGAAAACCAAGGGGAAGGAUAAAAAGUGAGCUUGAGAGAAAAGAAAAGAAAGGAGGCCAAGAGUUAGAAAAAAGAGAGAUGGCCGAGAGAAAGAGAGAGAGGGAUUUUGAAUAUGUCUUUCCUGAAGAUAUUCCUAAUGGAUUGCCACCUUUACGUGGCAUUGAGCAUCUUGAUUUUGUUCCUGGAUCACAAAUCCAAAAUAGGCCUGCUUAUAGGAGUAAUCCAGAAGAGACAAAGGAGCUUCAAAGGCAAGUUGAGGAGUUGCUUGAGAAAGGCUUUGUGAGAGAGAGCAUGAGCCCUUGCUCUGUUCCCGUCCCAUUGGUACCCAAAAAGGAUGGAACUUGGAGGAUGUGCGUGAAUUGUAGAGCAAUCAAAAAGAUAAUGGUAAAGUAUCGCCAUCCUAUUCCCCGUCUUGAUGACAUGUUGGAUCAAUUAUAUGGAUCCAAAAUCUUUUCUAAAAUUGAUCUAAAAAGUGGUUACCAUCAGAUUCGAAUGAAUCCUGGAGAUGAAUGGAAAACUGCUUUUAAGACCAAAUAUGGGCUUUAUGAGUGA